AUGCCAAGUGCCUGCCAUACAAGCCCGAUAGAAGAGAUUAUCAAACAGGGUCAUCGCAUACAGAGCGAUUCCUUAAUACCGUCAAAACGUACCAGACUGGUUCCUACAGAAUUAACAGCACACUAUACUAAUAAAGACUCAAAUGUGGAGAAGUGCUUUUUGCAUAAUGCUAAUGAUUUGGAGGGCGUUGACAGUGUAAGGUUUCUAAACCAACCCUCUCCAUUGACUUUCAUUAGCCAGAACAAUACCGAAGAUUCCAGUAACUGGGUUCCGCAAUUUUCGUCUAUGAAAAUCGAUGAUCCAUUAGAAUUUAGCUCAGAAUAUAAAAGGUUGUAUUCCAACUACGAGUCACAACAUCGUCAGAAUUCAAGCAGACAACACUUCCCUUUCCCAAACUGCAUGGUAAGGAAGACAAGUUGCGCUUACCCACCCCAAAAGACGCUUCGACAACGGCGCCAAGGAAACCGGGACAACUCAACGAAUGCGUUCAAAUUCGACGCGGAGUUCCAAAAUUUAGAGAAGGAAAUCCAAGAAGUGCGGUACGAGCCUACAAUACAUCAAGACGAGAAAUGGUUAGACCAAGAUCAGUUGGAAUUGCAAAGGAUUGCUACAGAUAUUGUAAAAUGCUGCACUCCACCACCUUCAUCAGCAUUUUCCACUUCUACUCUUUCCUCUGUUGAAUCAAAGCUAUCUGAGUCAAAAUUUAUACAGCUGAUGAGAGGCAUUAGUAGCGGUGACGUGACUUUAAAAAAAAAAGCAGACGGAAAUUCCGCGAGCGAGUUAUUCUCAUCCAACAAUGGGGAACUGGUUGGAAACAGGCACAUUUGCGUCAAGGACGAAAUUCAUGAAAACUUGUUCGAUUGA